AUGCUGGUCCCCGCCCUCCUCGUCCUCUUAUUCUGCCUCAGAGCGCGUGCAGGCCUGUCACCCCACUUCCUGCAACAGCCGGAGGACCUGGUGGUCCUGCUAGGGGACGAGGCCCGGCUGCCCUGUGCCCUGGGCACAUACUCGGGAGUGGUCCAGUGGACUAAGGAUGGGCUGGCUCUAGGGGGUGAGAGGGACCUGCCAGGGUGGUCCAGGUACUGGAUAUCAGGGGAUGCAGCCAGAGGCCAGCACGACCUUCACAUUAGGCCUGUGGAACUAGAGGAUCAAGCGGCAUAUGAGUGUCAGGCUACACAGGCAGGCCUCCGCUCUCGACCAGCCCAGUUGCAUGUGCUGGUGCCCCCAGAAGCCCCUCAGGUGCUGGGCAGCCCCUCUGUGUCUCUGGUUGCUGGGGUUCCUGCAAAUCUGACCUGUCGGAGCCGUGGGGAUGCCCGCCCUACCCCUGAGCUGCUGUGGUUUCGAGAUGAGGUCCAGCUGGAUGGGGCUACCUCCUAUCAGACCCUGCUGAAGAAAGGGACCAUCGAGUCCGUGGAGAGCAUCUUAUCCUUUACCCCUUCCAGCCAUGAUGAUGGAGCCACCUUGGUCUGCCGGGCCCGAAGCCAGGCCCUGCCUGCGGGAAAGGACACAGCUAUCACACUGAGCCUGCAAUACUCCCCAGUGGUGACUCUGUCUGCAGAACCACAGACUGUGCAGGAGGGAGAGAAGGUCACUUUCCUAUGCCAGGCCAGGGCCCAGCCUCCUGUGACGGGCUAUCGGUGGGCAAAAGGGGGCUCCCCAGUGCUGGGGGCCCGAGGACCAUUGUUGGAAGUGGUGGCCGACGCCUCAUUCCUAACUGCGCCAGUGUCCUGCGAAGUCAGCAACGCCGUGGGUAGUGCCAACCGCAGCACCGCACUGGAUGUACAGUUCGGGCCGAUUCUACAGGCAAAGCCGGAGCCUAUGUCCGUAGACCAGGGGGAAGAAGCUUCCUUUAGCUGUGCCUGGCACGGGAACCCGCUCCCACGGGUGACCUGGACCCGCCAUGGGGGUGCACAGGUGCUGGGCUACGGGCCCACGCUGCGUCUUCCCUCGGUGGGGCCAGAGGAUGCAGGCGACUAUGUGUGCAGGGCCGAGGCAGGGCUCUCCGGCCUGGGGGGCGGCGCUGCAGAGGCUAGGCUGACUGUGAACGCUCCCCCAGUAGUGACCGCCCUGCAUUCAUCGACUGCCUUUCUGAGGGGCCCCGCCCGCCUCCAGUGUCUAGUCUUCGCCUCCCCCGCCCCAGAAGCCGUGGUCUGGUCUUGGGAUGAGGGCUUCCUGGAGAAGGGUUCCCGGGGUCGGUUCCUGGUGGAGACGUUCCCAGCCCCGGAGGGCCGAGUUGGACAGGGUCCAGGCCUGAUUUCUGUGCUACACAUUUCGGGAACCCAGGAGUCUGACUUUAGCCGGGGCUUCAACUGCAGUGCUCGUAACCGGUUGGGUGAGGGAGAUACCUGGAUCAGCCUGGGCCGUAGAGAUGUGCUGCCUACUAUGCGGAUUGUGGCUGGGGUGGCCUCCUUGGCCACGACUCUCAUUAUAGUCAUCACUGGGGUGGCCCUCUGCUGCUGGUGCCAAGGCAAGGCCUCAGCCUCUUUCUCCAAGCAAAAGAACCGGGUUCGCAUUCCAGGCAGCAGCCAUGGUUCCAGUUUGCGGGGCCCGGAGGAAGAGGAGACAGGCAGCAGUGAGGACCAGGGCCCCAUCAUGCACAUGGACAGCAGUGACCUGGUUCUGGAUGAAGAGGGGGCUCUGGAGACUAAGGACCCAACCAACGGUUACUACAAGGUCCAAGGAGUCAGUCCACUCUCGUCUCCAAACGCAUGUGUAGCAUCUCUCCAACUCAAAAGUGCUGGGAUCUUCAACUUGCCAUAA